CUUCACCAAUACAAUGCAACCUUUAUUCCAAACUUCAGGUUGGACAUUACCAGCCAAUGUCGCCCCAGAAAUAAAGAAAAAACAAAAUAAAGACAUUGAACAAUCAACAACCAAAACGACCAAAGAUGCUGACCAGAUCCAAGCUCAAUUCAAUCAGUUAGGACCAAAAAAAACCAAGAACCAAAAGAAACGUGAACGUCAAAAAAAUGCAGAUCAACAAGUGAAUUCAAAGAAACCCAAACUUGAUAAGGCCAAAUCACCUUCACCACAAAAACAACCAUCUGACAAAAAUCAAAUUCAACAAAAACAACCCAACAAAAAGAUCAAUAAGCAACAAGUAACAACUAAGGAACAUCAAAACAAACAAGUUGACAAUGAAUCCAAAGAUCAAGACAAGACCAUGACACCUGUAUCAUCAAAUACUAGUGACAAUAUAAAACCCAAAAAAAUGAUCGAUGCGAACAAGAAGAAUAAGCUCAAAGCACUUCUUGGUAAAAAUAAGACUGCACCUAUUGUCAAGGAAGAUUCAUCAGCACCAACAAAAAAAGAAAAUAAGGCAAAUGUUCAAAACAGUAACAAGCAGCUGACGGCACCCAAGAAUGAACCUCGAUUGACCCCACUUCAACAAAAAAUGAAAGACAAACUUUCUGGCGCAAGAUUCAGAUGGCUCAACGAAAAACUAUAUACCACUGAAGGCAAUGAAGCCUUCUCUCUUUUUCAAGAACAACCGGAACUGUUUGAUGAGUAUCAUGAAGGUUUUCGACAUCAAGUGGAGUCAUGGCCUGUGAAUCCUGUGGAUCUUAUUUUAGAACAACUCGAGAAGACACCUAAAGGUACUGUGAUUGCUGAUCUUGGUUGUGGUGAUGCUGUAAUUGCUCAUACUUUGAAGAAACAGAAUGUGCUCAGCUAUGAUUUGAUUGCUAAGAAUGACAAAGUCAUCGCCUGUGAUAUCACCAAGUUGCCAUUGUCUGAUAACAAGGUUGAUGUAGUUGUAUUUUCUCUUUCUCUUAUGGGUACGAACUAUCUCGACUUUUUGAAGGAAGCUCAACGGAUUUUGAAACCAGGUGGCGAAAUGAAGAUUGCCGAAGUUGUUAGCCGAUUUAGUGAUAUUGAUGCCUUUAUCGAUCUUGUGGAAACCAUUGGAUUUGAUUUUAUGGAAAAGGAUGACAAUAAUAAAAUGUUUAUCAUGUUAUAUUUCACCAAACGCCAUGAAUCUAUCUCUAUGGAAAAUGCCAACGAGGAAAUGAUGGAAGGACUAUCGAAACAUCAAAAACGCAUGUUACAACAAGGUACAGGUGGACGCGUCAAUAUCAACAAAUUACGCAAGAAAUCCCAAAAUCUAUUGAAACCCUGUCUUUAUAAACGUAGAUAAUGUUUUUUCCUUUUUAUAAUAAUGGUCAAUUUAAUUAGAAUUUUUUUUUUUAUCAUUUUUCAUUACAAUUGUAUCAAUAAAAACAUUUUUAGCAUUUCA